CAGCUUCCCCUUGGAACGUGAAGAAAUACCAGGCCCUCAGAUGGGGGAAAGCAGAGUGGCACCAGGAGGGAGCGGGAGAGCAUGAAGGAGAGGAAAGGAGGAGCUGAGGAGCAGUUGCCUUGAAGACUUGAAGACAGAAGCCGGUCUGUUCACUGUCACAGCACUCCCUCGCAGCGCCCGUGUGAUGGACGUAAUAUUUGGCAGAAAUAAGAAAGAACAACUGGAGCCUGUGAGGGCCAAAGUGAGAGGCAAGAUUCCAACAUGGCUUCAGGGAAUCCUGCUGCGCAACGGGCCUGGGAUGCACACAGUGGGGGAGACCAGCUACAACCAUUGGUUUGACGGCCUGGCUUUGCUCCACAGCUUCACCAUCAGAGAUGGUGAAGUCUAUUACAGGAGCAAAUACCUGAGGAGUGACACCUACAACGCCAAUAUCGAGGCAAACAGGAUUGUGGUGUCAGAGUUUGGAACAAUGGCCUAUCCAGACCCCUGCAAAAACAUAUUUUCCAAAGCUUUCUCCUACCUGUCCCACACCAUCCCAGAUUUCACAGACAACUGCCUGAUUAACAUCAUAAAGUGUGGACGAGACUUCUAUGCAACCACAGAGACCAAUUACAUCAGGAAAAUUGACCCACAGACUCUGGAAACUCUGGAAAAGAUUGAUUAUCGAAAAUAUGUGGCUAUAAAUCUGGCAACAGCGCAUCCUCAUUACGAUUCAGCUGGAAAUGUUCUCAACAUGGGCACCUCCAUUGUGGACAAAGGGAAGACGAAAUACGUGAUCUUUAAGAUCCCUGCCGCAGUACCGGACAGGACGAAGGGGAAGAGCCCCCUGAGUCACACGGAGGUGCUCUGCUCCAUCCACUCCCGCUCCCUUCUCAACCCGAGCUACUACCACAGCUUCGGGAUCACCGAGAACUACGUCGUUUUUCUUGAGCAGCCCUUCAAGUUGGAUAUUCUCAAGCUGGCAACUGCGUACAUCCGGGGAGUGAACUGGGCUUCCUGCCUAACUUUCCACAAGGAGGAGAAGACUCACAUUCACAUCGUCGACCGAAGGACUGGAAAGCCCGUGUCCACCAAGUUUUACACGGACCCCAUGGUGGUCUUCCACCACGUCAAUGCCUACGAAGAGGACGGCUGCCUCCUGUUCGAUGUCAUUGCCUACGAGGACAGCAGCCUCUACCAGUGUUUCUACUUGGCCCACUUAAAGAACAACUCUGAAGAGAAUUCUGUGGUCAUCUGUGUAUCCGCCCUCAAGAGGUUCGCUGUGCCCCUCUGCGUGGACAAGAAUGCAGAAGUAGGCUCAGAUUUAAUCAAACUGGCAUCUACAACAGCAAGAGCCCUGAAGGAGAAAGAUGACCAAGUCUACUGCCAGCCGGAGUUGCUCUGUGAAGGCUUAGAACUGCCUCAGAUCAAUUAUGCUCACAACGGGAAGCGAUACCGGUAUGUCUUUGCUGCUGAAAUUCAAAGGAGUCCCAUCCCAAACAAGAUGAUCAAAUAUGACAUUCUCACAAAGUCAUUCCUAAAAUGGGAAGAGGAGCACUACUGGCCGGCGGAACCCCUGUUUGUGCCCACGCCGGGCACCAAAGACGAGGAUGACGGAAUUAUCUUAUCAGCCAUCAUCUCUUCUGAUCCCCAAAAGCCACCUUUUCUGCUUGUUCUGGAUGCCAAAAGUUUUACGGAACUGGCUCGCGCAUAUGUAGAUGUAGACAUGCACCUGGAUCUCCACGGGUUAUUCAUCCCAGACGCAGACUUGGACCUGAGCAAAUGGGCCCCUCCCCAGGAAGCCCAGGACCAGGCCUCAGAGCCCCGCGUGGCCUCACAGACCUGACAGGCUUGGACGGCCCCGCCGGCAAGGCUCCCGCAGAACACAGGUGUGAUCCCUCCCGUAACUCUUGUUGGAAAGUUGAUCAAGUAUUAUUAAUCGGCUCUAGCACUUCUGGGAAAGACUUUUUCCUGUAAAGACGACGAUCGUGAAUCAGAACUUACGUUGUCACAUAUUCAUCGCUCUCUUCCCUCUCUCCGUUCUUCCCAGUGGACUGGACUGUGCACCUGGGAGCUCUGGCUUUCUCAGCCAUGCCCUGUUAGUGAAUUAUGUGGCCAGCCCUUUGUGGUCAUUCCAUGCAACGCAUGACGUGAUAUAAAAUAAUAAAAACUUGAAAGUCUGUUCCAACCUUA